UAGGCGGAAACGCGCCAGUGUGUGUGUGUGUCUGUGUGUGUAUCUGGACUGGAGGAGAAAAGGGAAACCGGGUUAUUUUUGACUAAGUGCGUCCACGCAGCAGCGAGAAGGAGGUCCGAGCGGCUGCAAUGGCGGUCCCGGCGGGUCGGACGGAUGUGGACAGAGGAGCCCCGAGCGGACAGACGGUGUCCCCCCAACACAGCAUCGACAUCGACGAGAAACAGUUGGACGAUAUCACAAAGAACCACCGAGAAGACGAGGCGACCAAGCUGCCUUUGCAUUCGCCGUGGACAUUUUGGCUGGACAGGUCGUUACCGGGGACGACCGCUGCACAGUGUGAAUCCAAUCUGAAGAAGAUCUACACGGUGCAAAGUGUCCAGCUGUUCUGGAGUGUAUACAACAACAUCCCUGCAGCCACAGCCCUGCCUCUGAGAUGUAGUUAUCACUUAAUGCGUGGAGAGCGGAGGCCACUGUGGGAAGAAGAAAGCAACGCAAAGGGAGGAGUGUGGAAGAUGAAGAUCCCAAAAGAAAGUACCGCUGCCGUUUGGAAAGAAUUGUUACUUGCUACAAUUGGGGAGCAGUUUGCAGAUUACUGUUCCUCAGACGACGAGGUCGUGGGGGUCAGCGUCAGCGUCCGGGAUCGGGAGGAUGUUGUACAGAUCUGGAACAGCGACGCGUCGCUUGCUGGCGAAGCAAAUAUCUUGAAGAAAGUCUAUGAGCUCCUCCCGCACAUAUCUUUUAAAGCUGUUUUUUAUAAGUCUCACAUGGAACAUCACGCCUUCGAAGGAGGACGCUCAAGACAUUAAAUCACUAGAAAGCACUUUUUACUCUAUCAUUUCCACCUGAACUCGACGUAAGGAUGCUGUCCCCGACCUAAUCAGGGAUGUGGGGCUUUGCAUUGAACGGGGAAAUUCGGAUGAUAUUUUUGUAUAACUUUUAAUGGCCGAUGCCUCGUUUCCUUUUGACGAGACUGCGAUGUCUCCAGAGAGCGUUACAUCACAUCUGCAAUUGACAACCUCUCGUAGCUUUUUGUCUUGCUCCAAUCCCAACGGACCUCUGCGGCGUCACUCUGGUCUCAGUCUUAGUUUUUAAACCUCUUGUAAUCUCAAGUCACAAUGAGAUUUAAGCAUGUCCGCUUUAGUCAGUGCCAAAGCACCUUUUUAUGCCGUUUAAGGAAGUUUGAAUCCUGAUUUUUAUUUUCUUAAUUCCGCUGGAGUUUGUCCCUCCUGAGGAAGGAGCAAGUGUCCCAUUUGGUUUGUCGAGCCAUACGCUCACACUGAUAUCGGGGUGACGCUUGGACCACCUAUCUGGAUGCGGGGGGUCCCUUUGUCCUCAAGCCAUCGCAGGGAAUCAGAACACACUCCGGCGCAGACACAUGGCCCCCAGCUCUAGAGAGAGAGGGAGAGCCGUCCUGAAAGGUGCCUCUUUGAAUGUUCUCUGCCACGUUGGGUUUGAUGUUUUGCUUUGCUCCGCGUGUUGAAAGUAGACCCCCUGCUCCCCUCUGCGAGGUCACCCACGGUUUAUUGUGCUGCUCUGAGGAGAUACUGCACAUUUUUGCUCUCCGCAGUACUUGUUUGUACUCGUUUCCUCCUUUCUUUCUUUCUUUCUUACAACUCACCAACCGUAUUUGCCUCUUAAGUAAGCAAUGUAAGAUGUGAGGGGGAUGUGUUGGAUUGUAUUGUCGAGGGAAAAGUCAAAUAUGACAGAUGUGAUCAAUAGUCAUCGGGUCGAUUUCUACUGCGGCUUCAAAGACGACGAGCGUGCGAACCAGGUGCCACGCUGACCUCCCCUAUCGGAGAACGUAUCACUAUCACUAUGUACUAUUGCAGUGCAGGCCACAGGUUUUAUUAUGUCACACCUCUUGCAUUAGCCAACGCAUUAGUGAUAAUUGGACAAUGUUUCCCUUUGUAAACAUGAUUUUUUGCAGUGGACCAGAAUAAAUCGUAAAUGAACAUA